UGGAUCUGACGCUCUUCGGCUUGCCGCGUAGUACCUUGGGUUCUGGGUCUGGUCAGUCCUGCCCCAAGGUUCGCUCCAUCCUCGGUCCCCUAACUCUCGUCCGGCUCCCUAAGCUCCCGACCUCAGCAUCUGCAGAACGAAAUGGUCACAGCCAUGAAUGUCUCAGAUGAAGUAAAGCAGAUGUUCCAGCCCUACAACUUCGAGCUGUUCCAGGACAUAAGGCCCGUUUUGGAGGAGUACUGGGCAACCUCAUUCACCAUAGCUCUGAUCUACCUGCUGCUCAUCUUUGUGGGGCAGAACUACAUGAGGGCACGGAAGGGCUUCAACCUGCAGGGACCUCUCAUCCUUUGGUCAUUCUGCCUUGCAAUCUUCAGUAUCCUUGGGGCAGUGAGGACAUGGGGCUAUACGGGGACUGUGCUACAGGGGAGCCUAAAGAAAACUGUAUGCUUCUUCAUCUUCACCGAUAAUCCCAUAAUCAAAUUCUGAUCCUGCCACUUUGUCCUCAGCAAGAUCAUUGAACUUGGAGACACAGCCUUCAUCAUCCUGUAUAAAUGGCCACUCAUCUUUGUGCACUGGUACCACCACAGCACAGAGCUAGUGUACAAGAGCUUUGGAUACAAGAACAAGGUGGCUGCAGGCGGCUGGUUCAUGACCAUGAACUACGGUGUACGUGCCAUCAUGUACACCUACUAUACUCUGAAGGCUGCCAAAGUAAAGCCCCCCAGGUGGUUUCCCAUGCUCGUCACCAGCCUGCAAAUCCUGCAGAUGUUUAUGGGAGCUACUGUCGGUAUCCUGACUUACAUCUGGAGACAGGAACAGGGAUGCCAUACAACAAAGGAACACCUCUUCUGGUCCUUCAUCUUGUAUACAACCUAUUUCCUCCUCUUUGUCCAGUUCUUCCACCAAAACUAUGUAAUUACCAAGGUCAAGGCCAAGACCAAGAGCCAGUGA